GAUGGGCGUGUCCCCGCAAAAUUCAAGCGUCAGUUGCAGCGUGAGCAGCAGUGUGUGCUAAGUGCUAACAGACUCCUGCACGAAGUUACUAACAAACGCUAUAUUUAUUCAGAUUAAAUAUUUGUUGUGAGUGAUCGGAUAAAGCGAUGGAGGCUGUGACGGAUGAAGACGCAUCUAAACUAUCUAAGAUCGAGCUACGCAAACAGAAAUUGGCAGAAUACCUUGCUGCAAAAGGCAGACUGAAAGCUCCUAAUCCAAAGCCGUAUCUCAAGGAGAAGAAACAUGCUGAAGAUGAGCAGAAGUCUAAGACUACAGCGGAAGGAAAGGAGAACCGUGGCAUCAGAGGCACAAAUACAAAAGAAGUCAAGGCAUCAGAAGAGGGUGAUAAAAACACAUCCUCAAAAAAAGGACUUGGUAUCAGUUCGCUAGCCAAAGCCCAAACACAGCCGUCCGGUAAUUCCCAUAAUGCUGUUCGGGAAGGCCUUCGUGUUCUCAAGACGCAGAGCAACAAAACAGCUUCUCUUCAAACUCAGAAACCAGCUGCGACGUUCAAGACGACUCGAUCACAAAGCCUUCAAAGUGUCCAACCGAAAGCUCAGACAGCGUCACAAUCCCAUUCUGCAAAGACAAGAAAGCCCAGUCUUGUGUCCAUCUGUAACCCUUCACAGUCUGGACGUGGCGUCUCUGUCCCCAGAAGCACAGAUCAGAGCCGCACCGUUCAGUCUACAAGGCCUUCAGCCAAGAAAUUACCUGAAACAAGCGUCAAAUCAAGCUCCGCUGCCAGUUCGACGACUCGAAGAGCAACUAAAGUGCAGGGAAACGGUGUUUCUAAAACCCAAGUGAAACCCACAGAACGACCCAGAAGUCUGAGUGCUGUGCACACCCGCAGUUCUCAAAGCAACCAGAAACCAAACCCAUCCACGAACACAUCCGACGUGAACCGGAGGAAGGAUACCUUCUCCGUCGAUGCAACUAAACCGAAAUCAAACCAAGCGACGAGAGCGAGCGCUGCUUCCACUCUCUCUAAACCUGCGGCUAGAGAAGCAGCAGCGGUCAGCAGAAAUAAAGGAACGAGCACCGCUGCUUCCACCAGACCGGCCGGCCGGAGCUCCAGGAGCUGUGUUCAGAUCGACAAGCCUGCGGAUCAGCUCCAGACUCCCAAAUCCAGACGGUGUCCCAGCGCUCAAGGAGUCCGGACCGCUCCUCUAGAUGAUGGACAGAAGAAGCCCACUGCAGCUCAGGAGGACAGACUGCGUAAGCUCCAGGAGUGGAGGGAGUCCAGGAGCAUCACGUAUAAACGCCCCCCCAUGCCCGUCCGGGUGGUCAGGAGGAAGACCGUUUCUACUCUUCCUCAGCCCUACUGGACUUCUAUAGAGAAUGAAGACGGGGUUCAUGACAUUGUCUUUGCUGUGGACCGAUCGCUGGAUGACUGCAUUGAAUUAUUACAGCAGGGUUUCCCGGCGGAGCGGGUCAGAGAUGUGCUGUCUCGGGUGCCAAUGGCACAGAAGUUUGCUAAAUACUGGAUCUGUCAGGCCAGACUAAUGGAAAGAGAGGGAAACCCGGAGCUGCUGGCCAUGUUUCAGGAGGCCAUCCGUGUGGUCAGAGAGCCAGUGGAUGAGCUACGUUCUGUGGUUUUUGAGAUCCUGAAAAAGAGACAGAUUCAAGGUUCAUCUCUGACACCAGAAGAGACUGGAGUGUGUGAUGAAGAGGACGGCGAUGACAUCAUACACACCCCGAAACCCAUCAGUGCCCUGAUCUCUGGAGCGAGGGGAGACUCGUCCGUCGUCAAGUACAAGAUCACAGCCACCCCUGGGGGUAAGAGGGGUCAGCGAGGAGCAGAAGCAGGACGAGUGGACGGUCACGAGAUCCGCUUCUUCACCCCGGUGCGCCGCUCGGUGCGGAUCGAGAGAAGCGCUCAGCGUUAUCCCACAGCGCUGCGGGAACACGAGCCCUGUGUGACCUCUCUCUGUGAGCUCGCAGCGGAGCGUCAGGAAGAGGUCAAAGGUCAGAGCUCUCCGGUGUACGUGUACCGAGAGAACGAAGCGCUGGAGGACCGUGUUCACGUUACACUGGUUUAUCCAGAGGAGGACGAGACGUGAUGAUGUUUACCAGCUCCGACCUUUCUCUGUAAAAUAUCAGCAGCAGAUUCCCGCCGGACUUCUGCUCGCUUCUGUGCUGCUUAGAGGUUUCCUGAUACUGCACUGCUGUUGCACAGAUAAGAUGAAGGUUUUGUCUAAACCUGCUGUUUUAUAAUUUAUAACUUCAGUUAUAAUUUAUGGAUUCCAUCUCUGCAUGAAUCUUAUUAAAGCAUAUUGGAGUCAGUGUUGCUGUAAUGUUGUUCCAUUGAUAAGACUGAAUCUGAGUGAACGAAGUGUGUAGAGUUAAUGAAUCUCUGCAUGUCCUCAGCUUUGUACAUAAUUUCUCAGCAGUGUGUGACAUCAUCUACAUCUUGAUUGUAUUUUUUAAUCUUGAUUUGUAAGUUCUUCUGUACGGUCAUUAAAUGUGGCGAAGCUUGGA